UAAGAGGUCUUAAAAGGCCAACAACAAAUAGAAAGAAAAAAUGAACACAACUAUCAAUAAGAAAGACCACUUUUUUCCUCUUUUUCUUGCGCUGUGAGCUAUCUUUUAAUCAAGUUUUCAAGCAAAAUCUACUCUUGAAGUUGAAAAUAUCACUACCCAGAAAGAAUCUCAUCCCCAACAAGGAAGUGAUCUCUCUUCUGUUGGAUUUGGGAUUCUGGCUUCAGUUUGUUUUAAUAGGAUCUUUGUUGUGUGUAAAUGGGAGUCUGCUGGAGCAACCGGAUCAAGGCUGAGAGUCCUUCUCAUACAGAAGUGAAUUCAAGAGGUGGGAAGAACUUAAGCUGUUCUAGUAGCAAGUUCUCUUCACCUUCUAUACCUCAAACCCCAAGGAGUGAGGGUGAGAUCUUGCAAUCAUCUAAUAUAAAGAACUUCAGCUUCAGUGACCUAAGGACCUCCACCCGAAACUUCCGGCCUGAUAGUGUCUUAGGAGAAGGCGGUUUUGGCUCAGUCUUUAAGGGCUGGGUCGACGAGCAUUCGCUCGCUGCUUCCAAGCCUGGCACUGGCAUGGUAAUUGCGGUGAAGAGACUUAACCGAGAAGGAUAUCAGGGUCACAAGGAAUGGCUGACAGAAAUUAACUAUCUUGGGCAAUUCCAUCAUCCUAAUCUUGUGAAGUUGAUUGGUUACUGUUUAGAGGAUGAGCAUCGACUUCUGGUAUAUGAAUUCAUGCCUCGCGGUAGUAUGGAAAAUCAUCUGUUCAGGACAGGGGGAUCACAUUUCCAGCCUCUUUCCUGGAGCCUCCGAAUGAAAAUUGCCCUAGGUGCUGCGAAGGGGCUUGCCUUUCUUCACAGUGCUGAACCGAAAGUUAUAUAUCGCGAUUUCAAGGCUUCGAAUAUCUUGCUUGAUUUGAACUACAAUGCCAAACUCUCUGAUUUCGGUUUGGCCAGAGAUGGACCAACCGGUGACAAAAGCCAUGUGUCAACGAGGAUCAUGGGAACCUAUGGAUAUGCUGCUCCAGAGUAUUUAGCCUCAGGUCAUUUGAGUGCCAAGAGUGACAUAUACAGCUUCGGAGUUGUUCUUCUGGAAAUGCUAUCUGGGCGACGAGCUAUUGACAAAAACCGGCCAUCUGGAGAGCACAACCUUGUGGAAUGGGCAAAACCUUACUUGAUCAACAAACGUAGAAUAUUCCGUGUUAUGGAUCCUCGACUUGAAGGCCAGUUUUCCCUGAUUCAAGCCCAGAGGGCAGCCACACUUGCGCUUCAAUGCCUUGCCACAGAAGCCAGGUACAGACCAGAAAUGGAUGAAGUGGUAAAAGUAUUAGGACAACUUCAGGAAUCGGGAAACAUAUCAAACUAUUCUCAAAAAGAGCACCUCAGAAGACGCCAAAUUCAUUCGAAUCGUCAAAAAACUACUUAUCAUAGGCCUUCUGCUUCGCCUCUCCAUGGUUAGAGAAUAUGAUUGCUGCAUCUAUUUUUUCAUUGUAAAUGGUAAAACAGAUUCAGGAGUUUACUCCUGUAUUAUGACCAAGUUUGAGAAUUGUAACUUACCCAUUAAAAAAAAAAAAAAAAAGGUUUGGGAAUUGUACAACUGAACUAAGCUUGAGUUUCUGGCUAUUGCAAAGAUAACAAGUCAAAAUUACAUAACAAAAUAUUGUAAGUGAGAUCAAUGUUCAUGGACAAUUCAUCGCCCUAACAAGGCAACA